CCACUAGCAACCCAAACCCUUUCUUUCACUCUUUAUUAAUAUCACCUUUUACAUCACAAAGCAUCAACAACAACACCGUCUUCAUAGCAGCAUCCGUUUCAAAUCUUCGAUUCCAUCGCUCUCUCUCUGCCGAACAUGGCGACGCCAACGGCAGUAGUUGAUGGCGGAGGUGCUGCACCGGCACCGCAAGGGAGGCAACAAGGCGGCGGAGGCUUUAGUUUCACCGGAAUCAUUCGUAUGGUUGUUUUCUGGUAUUUCGCUUCCAAAUUCUUUUCUCCUGCUAAAAAACCUACCGAACCUUCCGCUCUCGUCUCUAACCUCUUCCAAAAAGGCCAGCCUAUGGAUAUGUGGCUUUAUCUUACUGAGAACGAGAAGUUCAAUGAAUUUGGUAGUGAAAGUGCUCUUGUAUGGCAUGAAACUAAUAUUCCCUACGCCGUGUGGGUACCUGAGAGUACCAGAACUCUUACUUUAAACUUUCCCCCAACUGAGUCUUUGAAGCACAAUGGGAGUCUAUAUGCUCAUGUUUUCUUUGCACAAUCUGGAUAUUCGCCUGACCCUAGUGAUCCCGAAUACCAGCCUCAAGCAGCAUUUGGAAGGACGCUUCCUGUUGUGGUAUACUCGCCAAAGUCAAAAGCAGAUAAAAAGAAGAGUCUGUUGGGAGGUGUACCGGAUUCAAGUGAGAGUCAAGUAACACCCGAGGUCGUUGAUGAUAGUGAAGAUGAUUCUAAAGAUGAUGGUCCUGUGGAGUGGCUUGCAUAUUGGAAACCAAAUAUAACAAUUAACUUGAUUGCCGACUUCACUCAGUACCCAAAUACAGGAAUACCACCUAACAUUGCUCCACACUUGAACAUUGAUCCUAUCACUGGGAACUACUAUCCAACCAUUUACUUCAAUGAGUUCUGGUUACUGCGGGAUAAGUUAAUAGCUUUGAAUGAGACAGUUACUGAACUGACACUUAAUCUGGAAGUUGGUCCUAUUAGCAUGACGAAGUGGCAAUUAUUCAUGCAAGUUGAUCAGUCCUUCCAGAUUCACCGUAGUUACGGAAGCAUGAUUGAAGGCGAGGCUGAUGAACUUAAGAGGGUAUUCUUGGAAGGAAAUCCUUACCUCCUAGGAAUUACCAUGGUUGUUUCUCUUCUUCAUUCAGUAUUUGACUUUCUGGCUUUUAAGAAUGACAUUCAAUUUUGGAACAAAAAUAAGUCCAUGGAAGGACUCUCUGCGAAGACUGUUGUUGUGAGCUUUAUUUGUCAGCUCAUCAUCUUCCUUUAUUUGCUUGACAACGACACAUCUUGGAUGAUUCUUCUAAGCUCUGGAGUUGGUUUGAUUAUCGAGUUCUGGAAAAUUGGAAAAGCCAUGCACAUAGAGAUUGAUAGAACAGGAAGGAUACCUAUGUUGAGGUUCCGAGAUCGAGAGUCAUAUGCCGGGAAUAAGACAAAAGAGUAUGAUGAUAUUGCAAUGAAGUAUUUAACAUAUGUUCUAUUUCUCCUUGCUGCCGGCUUUGCUGCUUACUCACUAAUGUACGAACGCCACAAGAGUUGGUAUUCUUGGAUUCUGUCUUCACUCACAAGUUGUGUAUACAUGUUUGGUUUUAUUAUGAUGUGCCCUCAACUGUUCAUCAACUACAAGCUCAAAUCUGUUGCUCACCUACCUUGGAGGCAGAUGACUUACAAGUUUCUCAACACCAUCAUUGAUGAUCUUUUUGCCUUCGUCAUUAAAAUGCCAACUCUACAUCGGCUUUCUGUCUUCCGUGAUGAUCUUAUCUUCCUUAUAUAUGUAUACCAGAGGUGGAUUUAUCCAGUGGAUAAGAAGCGUGUUAAUGAAUUUGGUUUUGGAGGUGAGGAUGAACAGGCUAUCGAUUCUGCCGAGACGGUCGCAGUAAAGGAAGAAGAGAAGAAAACUAAUUGAUUUGGUUUUUUCUCAAGUGCUUGAGGGAGUUGAUACCAAAUAUUCUAGAAAUCAUCGGGAUCACUUUAUGUUUUACUUCCUCUUAGGGUAUGCAUUUGCUAUUAGAUUUUUGUUUGAAGAAGUGUUGGCCUUACCUCCUGGAAGUUUUGCUAGGACAGAAGAUCGAAGGGUAUCUGACUACUACAAGGCAGACUGUGAUGGUCAUGCUUUUAAGUUAUCUUCUUUUGUGUAUUAGAAGAAUGCCUUCUCCCUAGUUUUUAUUUAUUAUCUAGUAAAUUUUGUCUUAUUUUUGUUUGGGAUAGGUUACUUUUUUCAUGUAUUGUUUUUUCCCCUUUCAUAAUGUAUUUUUUGACUAAUA